AUGGACAAGCUGACAUUUAUCGUCCUUUUCGUAUCCUUGCUUUUAGCCCCCCUCGAAAGUUUGGACAGAGAUUUACCGGACGGGCUCGAUUUUUUAGCUGAGCAAGUUCAUGAUUUGGACGUUCAGGAUCGUUUAUGGGAUGACGGUUUUGAAUCCGAGCCCUUAGAUUGUUCAAGUCAUGGUGGUAAGAUUCUAGUGAAUGUUGAUUCAUUUGGUGCUGCUGGGGAUGGUUUGUCUGAUGACACUCAGGCCUUUGUAAAUGCAUGGGGAGUGGCUUGCUCUGCAUCAAACUCUGUUCUGUUGGUACCCGAAAAUCGUAUUUAUUUAGUGAGAGCGACAAGGUUUAAAGGGCCUUGUGCCGGCAAGUUAACGAUCCAGGCAACUUUUUUUUUUUUUCUCAAUGGGACGAUUGUGGCUCCGGAUGACAACAAAACUUGGGAUCCCAAAAACCCGAGAACUUGGCUCGGUUUUUACAAUCUCAGCAAAGCCAGCUUUGAAGGACUGGGUGUUAUUGAUGGCUCAGGCAGCAAAUGGUGGGCAGCUUCAUGCAAGAGGAACAAAAGCAAUGUAAAAAAAAAAUCUCGAAACAUAAUAGCCUUAACCAUAGACUCGAGUUCGGCUGUAAGAGUGAGAGGCCUCACGAUUCGAAACGGACAACAGAUGAACUUUAUCAUAUCAAACUCCAAUUCUGUUCGUGUAUCGGGCGUUCAAGUCUCGGCUCCAGGGGACAGUCCCAACACAGACGGAAUUCACAUAAGCGCAUCAACAAAUGUCAUUCUCCAAAACUGCAAAAUCGGAACAGGCGACGAUUGUGUCUCAAUUGUUAGCGGCAGCUCGGGUAUCAAGAUGAAGAACAUAUUCUGCGGGCCCGGCCAUGGAAUCAGCAUAGGUAGCCUCGGAAAGGAUAACUCGACCGGUAUAGUUGAGAAUGUUGUACUCGAAACAGCUUUCAUUCGGAAUGCGACGAACGGGCUUCGAAUCAAAACUUGGCAGGGAGGUAACGGUCACGUGACGAACGUAAAGUAUCAAAAUGUGGUCAUGGAGGAAGUCUCGAAUCCCAUCAUCAUCGAUCAAUUCUAUUGCGACUCGCCAAAAUCUUGUCAAACUCAGACUUCGGCCGUGGAAAUAAGCAACAUCGUGUACCGUGGCAUAACCGGGACAUCAGCGACAAAACGGGCCAUAACAUUUUCGUGCAGCGACACAGUCCCGUGCACUGGCAUACUACUCAAAGACGUCAACUUGCAGGGGGCGAAUGGCUCGGUCGAGACCUAUUGCCACUCAGUUUAUGGAUACAAACGAGGGCUCGUUCAGCCCCCGGCCGAUUGCCUUUUGCCACCGAACGAUAAAGAUACGGUUCGCUUACGAAGAAACGAAGCUAAUGAUGGUGACGAGGGAAGUCAUAUCAUCCAUACAGAGCUAUGA